AUGGCUUCUACUACAGAAACAAAUGAGUAUGUUAAGUUGAAACUUCUAGUGAACGAAGAGAGCAAUAAAGUUGUAUUUGCUGAAGCAGGGAAAGAGUUUGUUGACAUUCUCUGCAGUUUCUUAACAAUGCCUUUGGGAACAGUCGCAAGACUUAUGCAGAAGGAUUCAAGCAUGGGACCUGUCUCGGUUGGUUGUCUUAACUCACUCUAUCAAACUGUGAAAGAUCUCAACAAAGAGUGUCUAUGGAAGGAUUCAGACAAAGAAAUGUUGUUGCAGCCAAAGAAUUCAUCGGAAGAUUAUUGCAGCACUCUUAAAUUUAACAUCGAUGAUAGUCAGCCGACAAAGUACUUUAUCAGGUGUCUGAAUAGUUAUUGUGAUUACAGCUCUACUCUUUACUUGAGCACCUCCAUGGAUGAUGAGCGUUGUAAGUGUAGGAGUGCUAAGCGUUCAGUUGUCCUGAAACAUUUUCACGAAGGAUUUGUCAAUAGUGAUGCUUCAUUUGUAAUUACUGAUGACUUGAAAAUCAUGCCAAACACCAUGGUUUAUACAAGCUUUUCUCUUCUCAAGAAUUCAGGAAUAGUCACAAGUUCUACAAAGGAAAUGACUGUAAUUGUCACUAAAGAAAAGGUACUAGAUCUUCUAAAGUGUGCUUUGGUUUCGAAGUCACCUUUGACUGACAUGUUUCUAGGAAAUAAACCUUCCAUCGAGAGGUCUUCGUUUUUCUCUUGCGAGGUUGAAAAUGAUUUGAAUGCUGAUAUUCAAAUCACCGUGGAGCUUGUUAUUAGAAAGUCAGAUGGAAAAAUAUUGUUUGCUCAUGGGGAGCAAGAUUUUACCGAUUUACUAUUAAGUUUUCUCACUUUUCCUUUGGGAGGUGUUGUGUGUAAGUUAGGAGGAUGUAGUUCUAUUGGUAGCAUAGAUGGAUUAUACAAAAGUAUUGUUGAAUUAGAUGAAAACCAAUGUUUGAAGUCAAAAGAAGCAAAGAAUAGACUUGUUGAUCCUCAUUUGGCGAAGGAGUACAUAUCAAGCAAGCAGAUUUUGCCGAUAAACCAGUCACGUGUGAAUUACUAUUGUUAUUAUCAAGGGCAAGAUUCCAAGCAAAGUAUUGUUGAUUGUAAAUUUUUCAUAACUAAUGAAUACAGGAGAGAUGAAGGAAAAUAUGUAGAAAUGCACCUAGUUAAGGACAAUGAAAAUACAAGAAAUGAAGGUUAUCUCAAGGGACCAAGAACAUACCUAGCUACAGAUGACUUGGUUAUUGGACCUUCAUCUCCAAUUUCAUGUCUGGGAAUAUUGAAAGCUGCUUUAACCUCAACAUCUGCUCUAACAAAUGGUCUCAGUCACUUGUUAACCGAGGAUAUGGAGGAGAAUUAA